AUGUGGUUAAGUGUAAUACUAAGACCAGCGUUAUUCGCAUCGCACAUGCGACAAUUUUCACAACAAGCUUUGCAUAAUCGCCUUGUAUCGUCGAUCCGCUAUCGACAAAAUUGUCGUCCUUUAAUAGCAGCAGUACAACAGAUCAAAACUUUUCACAAAAGCGUAUCGCUGUCUUCACUCGAAGCAACUGCACCACAAGAAAAACAACCAAAUCGUCAACGUAUAUCGCGUAAAGUAUUGCGAAAAAGACGUCCGCUUACAGCAGCAUACGAUGAUCAACCGAUGUCAGGACCGCAGAUAGUCGCAAUCGCAGUCGCAGAAUCGUUUGAUUUGUCAGCACUUAUCAAAAAUGCACAACUCUUACAAGUUUAUCAAGCGACUUGUGUUGAUGAGGAAUCUGAUGAAGGCUUACAUUUCGUACCAAAAGAGGAAUAUCUGAUCGACAAGGAUGCAGUUCGUGAAUUCUUCGUUUUUACCGAUGGAGUUGUUGUGUUUUGGGGAAUGGAAAGUGCUGAGGUUUGUGGAUCAGUUAACUUUGCGAGAAAAUUUUGA